AUGAUGGGCGUAGGAAGAGGUGCAUGCGCGGGGAAGCCGGCCGGUGCCACGAGAGCGAGCCCUUUCACUUGCGAAGGUCGUCGCGGCCUGGCUCUUGUCAAAGCACUCUUCGUCGACCACUCCCUCGUCCUCUUCCCCGUCUCUCCCGCUGGCUUUUCUCGCUGUUGUCUCACUCUCGCAUUCUCACUUUCUGGCUCUUACUGUCGCUGGGCGGAUAAUGGCUUCAGCGACGCUGUGCUGGUAGGUGCUCUCGUCUCCUCUCGCGUCACCUUUCCACCAGCGCUUUUGCCCAUCCUGGCGUCAUCUCUCGUCUCGACGCGCUCUCCCUUCUCGCACGGCCCUCCCCCACGCCGUGCGCAGGACGAGGACUUCAUCAAUCGCUCUCUCCUAGACUCUCUCGACGCCCAGGCAGACGCCGAGCCGCUUUCCUCAGACUCUGAAGCAAAUUCCUCCAACUUCCUUUCGCCGCUCUCCACGUCUUCAAUUCGCCAUCUCCCCUUCCAGCACGCUCCCCAUCGUCCAGACUCUCCUCCGCAGCAUCACGUCCAAGACAACAACUUCAAUUCGAUGUACAAUAACAUGCAUUCCAUUUCCGACUUCGCUUCUCCCACCGAAUACGACCUACAGAAGCAGGCCCAACUCGGCGACUAUUCUUCUUCGGCCCCAUUCAGGUCGCCCCCAUUCAACGCAUAUCCCAACAAUCGCUCUCGUCAGCCUUCCAUACCUGCUCCCGGCCCACAUACCUUCCGCGACACCUCCAAUUUAUCUCACCAUUACCCUGUAGAUCUUUACUCCACUGCGCCUCCACCACCCUCUCAACUGCCCCAUCAGAACCAACCCAACUCUUUCGAUGUCAUUCAUCAGCCUCGGGGUGGCUACGACUUUCCUCCGGGCGCACUUUCUCCUCCAUCAGGCUUUGCUGCUGGUCACAAUAAGCCCGUUUUCAACGUCGAUCCAUUCGGCACCUCUGGUCUCCAGACCGUCAAACCGAAUGGAAUUAUGCCCGCUCCUGGCUCCCAGCAGCAACAGCAGGUCCAGGGUCCCCAGACGCAGCCACCGCUCAACGGCUUCCAUCCAAAUCCGCAGGCGCCCUACAUGAACGGCAUUCAGCAUCAGCAGCCUCAGCAGCAGCAGCAACAGCCCAUGCAAUCUCAGACGCCAUAUGGUCCUCAUCUUCCUGCUACGAAUCCAUCGGCACCUGCGCCCACUCAGAGUAACGCCACGCACGCUAAUGGCGCGACCCAGGCGGCCGCGCAAGAGGAGAUUUCCACCAUUUUUGUCGUUGGUUUCCCCGAGGACAUGCAGGAACGCGAAUUUCAGAACAUGUUCACUUUUUCUGCAGGUUUCGAGGCGGCGACUUUGAAGAUUCCCAACAAGGAGCUCACGGCCUAUGGCUCAGGAGCAUCGGGCCCCGGAGUCGGCAGCGUUCGUCCCAGUGGUCCUCUCGGGUAUCCUCACGUACACGGAGGGCCGAACGACCCGUACAACCUCGUUACGAUCAACCAGGGCGGUGUUGUUGUCGACGGCGGGAGGGACGGCACGACCUCUUCCUGGCCACCAGCCGAUGACCAACCAUUCGCAUCCUUCACGGCCAACGCUUCCGCCGGGGGCGCAAACGCCAAUCUGUCCACCCGGAAGCAAAUUAUCGGCUUCGCUAAAUUCCGGACGCGAGCCGAAGCCCUGGAAGCUCGAGAUACCCUCCAGGGACGCCGAGUCGACAUCGAGAAGGGUGCCGUCCUGAAGGCCGAGAUGGCGAAGAAGAACUUGCACACCAAGCGUGGGAUCGGCCCUCUCCCUCCUCAGCUUUCCAACAUCAUGGGCUCAGGUGGCGGCACGGUUCCGCCUGAGGCUCUCAGCGGUCUGCCGGGCAUUCAUGGGUUGCACGGCGGAGGGCCCAUGCCAGGUGGUGAACCACUCGCAGCUAGGGAGCGAGAGCUAGGUACUCUAGGUGCAAUGGGCUUCACGGGACUGAACGGGCGUCGAGACACUCGAGUGGAGAACCGGGAGGACGAUAACGAUAUGCGCAAAACUAAUGCGCUUGGAAUGUCUGGAACUCGCGGUGCGCGCGAGAGGGCGGAGGAGGAGGAGCGUAAACGGAAGGAAACUAGUGAGGCGGAUCGAACAGCUCGUCUUCGCUCCAACAACCCCAUGUCGGCCUUCGACGCUUUCCAUUCCGUUCCCUCUUCCCAGCAACCCGUCGGAAACUCUCUUUUGGCCGCCACUGCUGGCGAGAACCCAUCCAUGCCUGGUGGCCCCGGUGGUAUCAACGGCUUCGCGACACGAGGAAGCGUUCCCAAUCCUUGGAGCAUGGCCGUGAGUCGCGAAAACGGUCUACCCGGGUUCCGCAAGAUGUCUGCCCCCGCCCCGAGCGGUUUGCCCGCGCGUCCACUGUCCCCGGGCAAAGAUCAGCAAUCCCCUCCUCCGAACAAGGACGUUUCGAUCUUCCCGUCGGUAGACGCGUUUUCUCCGAACUCUUCGACUGGUCCUCUUCCGCAUCCUUCGCUCCCCACUCGGCCGCGACAGAUCUCUCCCGUUCGGGAAGGGGAAGGGUCUGGGUCAAUGCCCACUUCUAGUGCUUCAAGCGUGGCCGAUUCGCUACUUGGCGGUAGUGAAGAGUCGAUGCCUGACGCGCUUGCCUCGUUGGCCAUCAGCACCGAGAGGAAUAUCGCUGAUGGGUUCGGGUCGACGUCGCCACCCCUGGGUAGCCCCGAUUCCGGAGCGAGUUCAGCACGAAGUGGCGCGGUCGACCAAAACCCACCCAUCAACACCCUAUAUGUCGGGAAUCUUCCUAGUUCACCCCCGCCGCCGGGUCAGCCGCCCAAUCAAUUAGAGGAAAGCCUUCGUGAGCUUUUUCAGCGUAGACCCGGCUUCCGCAAGCUCUGCUUCCGCCAGAAGAGCAACGGGCCUAUGUGUUUCGUCGAGUUCGCGGACGUUUCCUACGCGACCAGGGCUCUGAAUGAUCUUUACGGAGCGACACUAAACGGGCUCGUUAAAGGCGGAGGUAUCCGUCUGUCGUAUUCGAAGAACCCGUUAGGUGUGCGCACCCCGACUAAUGCGUCUAACGGGACCAACACCCCCGCUACUGACGGCUCUGUUCCGAUAAAGUCGUUGGCUGAGUUGGAUACGUCCGUUCGUUCUCGGCGAGAUGGCUCGGGGAUGGUCUCGCCGACGUCUUCAUAUCAGUUCAGCAUGUCUCCACCACCUCCGCGUUUCGUCUCCCCGCCUCCGGUCAAUGCUUCUUUCGGUCCUGGAGCGUUCCCUCGCUCCAUGGGUGCCCAGAGCUUCGGCAUGGCCUCACCCACGGGCAGCAUGUCCCCUUCGUCUUCUACCCCUACUUUUUCACCGUUUGGCAUCUCUCCAUCUCCGCAACUCAACCCCAUUGGCAAUAACCAUCUCACCACUAUACCCGAGCAGUCGAACACUUUCAAUAACCAUAACCACGCAAGCAGUUACAUUUCUGAUCCCGAGCAGCAUUCCUCCGCAAACGCCAUGUCGGCCCUCUCGCACGAUAGCUCAUAGACGUCGAAGGCCGGCAUGAGCGUCUUAUCUAUGACCCAUCCCUUGCAUGUAUCAGUGUCUUGAACCGGUUUUGUCUAUAUGAAUAUUCACACUUUACAGUCUCUUCUCGAUCCAUCGCUUCUUUUGCAUCACUUCGUAUUUCAUCACUUUAUCCUGGGGAUAUUCCUGGGGCGGACAUUUGUGUUUUUGGUAUUCUUCGAUGUCGCUAUCUUCUUCUCCCUCAUACACCCAAACAUUUUUAUAAGUCUGCCCAGUCUCGUUCAUCCUCAUCUCUUCCACUCCACGUUGCUCUUCAAUUGCUUCCAAUAUUUGCCGUCGUAUUUUAUAUCUCAUUCUCUUCUGGUCUCGUAGUGGCACUAUACUCGGAGUUGAAAUCAUCAUAAUUCUCCCACGUCUAUCGCCUUGGUGGUUACCCUGUUUAUAUCUCACCUCCCUCUUGCCUCGCUCACACUAGUGCUGUCCAUCCUCCCGACCCUUAUACGUUACCUUACGCCCACUUAUGUCAUUUUGCGCUCUGCUUUUGGUUAUCCAACGCUUAUUGUCCCUGACUCUGAUAUCGACCCGUUCACGCCUCUCAUUCAAUCCGCAUACCUCGCAUGUCCAUAUGAUGCUUGCUGUUUUGACGUCCUUGUUGUCUGUUGUGUUUAUUCCCUUUCUCACGCACCCAUCUUCCAACGAACUCAUCUCCGACACACAAACGACAACCUCGUGACGUCUCCCUGCAGCACACAUCUCCUCAAUAUCGCCUCACCUCCCUGGCCGCCAUACUUAUUUUUUGUUUUUUGUUUUCCCCUCGACCAACCGACCGUUCUCGUAAUCAGGUUCGCGGUUGCUCCCAAAUUGACUGUUCACCGAAUACAAUACAAUACAAAUGCCGACGUGACAGCAUGUCCCUUCUUUUCCUUUCUUUUGAAUCCCCCCUUUUUUAUCGAGUUGCUCAAUUCCUCGUUCAAUUGCCCUCCAUCAUAUCAUCCAAAGUUUUCGAAUUCGCUUCGUCGUUCGUCCCUUCCUCUGAAUCCGUUGUCCUCCUUUGAC